GCAGCUACAACCACAACCACAGCUGCUGCAACAACAACAGCUUCUCCAACAACAACAGCUGCUCCAACCACAACAACAGUUCCUUCAACCACAACAGCUGCACCAACCACAACCACAGCAGCUCCAACCACAGGCGCUCCAACCACAACCACAGCUGCUCCAACCACAACAUCAAUUCCUUCAACCACAACAUCAAUUCCUUCAACCACAACAGCUGCACCAACCACAACCACAGCAGCUCCAACCACAGGUGCUCCAACCACAACCACAGCUGCUCCAACCACAACAUCAAUUCCUUCAACCACAACAACAAUUCCUUCAACCACAACAGCUGCACUAUCCACAUCCACAGCAGCUCCAACCACAACCACAGCGGCUGCCACCACAACACUUGCUCCAACCACAACCACAGCAGCUCCAACCACAACAACAGUAGCUCCGACGACAACAACAGUUGCUCCAACCACAACCACAGUUGCUCCAACCACAACAACAAUUCCUUCAACCACAACAGUUGCACCAACCACAACCACAGCUGCUGCAACCACAACAACAAUUCCAUCAACCACAACAGCAGCGCCAACCACAACCACAGCUGCUCCACCCACAACAACAAUUCAUUCAACCACAACAGUUGCACCAACCACAACCACAGCAGCUCCAACCACAACAACAGAAGCUCUAACCACAACUACAGUAGCUCCAACCACAACAACAGAGACACCAACCACAACAACAGCAGCUCUAACCACAACCACAGCGACUGCAACCACAACACUUGCUCCAACCACAACCACAGCAGCUCCAACCACAACAACAGUAGCUCCGACGACAACAACAGAUGCUCCAACCACAACAACAAUUCCUUCAACCACAACAGCUGCACUAACCACAACCACAGCUGCUCCAACCAAAACAACAAUUCCUUCAACCACAACAGCUGCACCAACCACAACCACAGCAGCUCCAACCACAACAACAGAAGCUCUAACCACAACUACAGUAGCUCCAACCACAACAACAGAGACACCAACCACAACAACAGCAGCUCCAACCACAACCACAGCGGCUGCAACCACAACACUUGCUCCAACCACAACCACAGCAGCUCCAACCACAACAACAGUAGCUCCGACGACAACAACAGUUGCUCCAACCACAACCACAGUUGCUCCAACCACAACAACAAUUGCUUCAACCACAACAGCUGCACUAACCACAACCACAGCAGCUCCAACCACAACCACAGCUGCUCCAACCAAAACAACAAUUCCUUCAACCACAACAGCUGCACCAACCACAACCACAGCAGCUCCAACCACAACAACAGAAGCUCUAACCACAACUACAGUAGCUCCAACCACAACAACAGAGACACGAACCACAGGUGCUCCAACCACAACCACAGCAGCUCCAACCACAACAUCAAUUCCUUCAACCACAACAGCUGCACUAACCACAACC